GUUUCGAUUUAUAAUAUUUUUGUAUUAGAAAUAACAGCACGUAAAGUAUUACAAUAUAUUUUGCUCCUAAUUUCUCCAAAUAAUGGUCUAAAAGAAUAAUAAUACAGCAGUCUUCUAAACCAAAACAUCGUCCAAGGUACAAGACAUUGAACAAUGACACAUACCUGUGUCUAUGUUUACAGAAAUUUCUAUAGCUCGCAGAAAACAAGUUCUCAUUACACGUUAGACAAGCAAAACGUAAGGACUGGAGGGAAAUCAAAUCUGAUCAGUGUUUUAAAUUAAUUGACCGUAUCUCUCUCUCUCUCGUAGAUUGUGGCAUUGUAGUUUACAUUUUAGAAUUCUCCAUUGCUAUUUGUUCACGUUAAUAACAGAUCAUACUAAAAGGCAAUUUAGCGAGUCGAUACGAGGAGCUUUUUUUACAACUUGAGAAGAAAAAAUGUAUAAAUACAUGGAGGCUUGUAGAGAGAAUCUAGCUUCAAAGUUACGGACAUCUGUAAAUCCUGAAGCGAGACCUAUCUUGAACGUGAAGAAUAUGGGCAUUAGUAAUGACUUCCUGAAAGCGUUAGAAUUAUCAUAUAACGCAGCGACGUUGCGGAAACGUAAUAAACAACCUCAAGAGACAAGUAAUGCGGUGACUAUAAUAGAAGAGAAAUUAAGUGUUUUAUUUAAGAAGGUAAAAGGUAAAACCGACUCAACAGAGACAAGCUUCAACGAUAUUAUAAGCCUUGCAACAUCUUACUGUAACAUGGGUAUUGCGUACAAAGACUUUACGUCAAAAACCAAAUUAGUGGUGGCUCGCAGUCAUUUAAAGAAAUGUUUAGAAUUAUUAAAUGGAAAAGAAUUGGAUCGUAGAGCUAUUUUAAUAAUUAUGAGAGCAUCUGUGCAACUGGAACAUGUUUUCCGUCAACUCAAUGAAGCAGAAAACUGUUGUUUAUUCUCACAUAAAGCGAUCGGUUUCUAUCUCGAAUACACAAGUCAGGGAAGUGAGUUUCCUGCGCCUAUUGUUUCACGUUUCUCGGUUAAUCUUGAUAUUGAAGAUAAAGUGUGGCCAAAUACAAUGUUGUCUUUGGUAACGUUAUAUUCGGAACUUUUACCCCACAUCGAGAAGUGUGAGCGCGACAAGUGGGAUCCAGAAACUCUUGUAAAACCUAUACAUAAUUUUUUCAUGAAUCAGUGGUCAGAUGCGUUAGCGAGUCGAAGAAAAGGCUGUGCGUGGGCUUUUGCGACACUUGACUUUUCGAACUAUUUCACACGACACUUCCGCUUGCUAGAUACUUUAAAUUAUCUCUAUGCUAUAGACUAUAUCUUAGAUACAUAUAGAGAGCACGUAUGUAAUAUUUCCACUGCGACAGUCUCUUCUAUUAUUGAUUUUGUCGAUUUGGAGGGGCGUUUUGCUAUAGAAUGGGGCCUGUUUUGUAAACAUUGUUUGUUUGUUUGGAAAUCUAAAUUGUUUUUUAGGAACAAUGGCAAAGGUCGUAGGGCAAAUAAAUCGAAAUCAAAGACUUCUAUCGAGUCCGUGUUUUCUACGACAUUAAUAUACACGAACGUGAAGGAACAUGUAAAAAAUGAUGUUAGUGAGUUACCUGUUAGUGUACAAAAUCUCACUGAUGUUCUUACAUUUUACGGGUAUUGCACGCAAUAUUUUAAGAAGGCUAAACAGUAUUUUGCUAUAACAAACGAUAAAAAUCAGAUUGCAGUGAUAUAUUCACUGGAAAUCGACGCAGCGAAAUACAUACCGUACUUUAUACCAGACAGAGACAAACAGCUGCAAUAUUAUAAACAGCGAAUAGGAUGUUUUACACACAUGAAGAGUUCGAUCAAAUCUGUAGACUUAAAUAUUUAUGAUAUAAUCUUCAUAAAGAAGAAGUUUGAACUGAUACGUAUUUAUGGCAUUAUUCUAGACAUGAUAUUAGAGGACGCCGAAGUCACUGAAAAACGAUUUGAGGACAUAGACACAGAAGUGCCUAACUAUAUGAAAAAUAGUGUAGAAUGUAUUAAAAUGUAUGUAGAAAUGUUGGAUAAGUUAGUACUACUCGGAAAAAAAGAAUAAUAUAGGAAACGAUCCAUUUCUCAAAACCGCGUUUAUGUAUCAAUGAUUAUUAUAUUAUAUUAUUAUAGCUAAAGAAGAAUUAUUUAGAGAUCACUGGAAAACGAUUUGUGAACAUAUAAGACGGGAGUGCAUGACUAUGUGAAAGUAUAUGAAGUAGUAUAGAAUGUGUUAGAAAUGUACACUUGGAACAGUCGUAUGUUAUGUUCGAACUAUUUGAAAAGAAAAUUUAUCAUGGGACAUGAUCUAGUUUUAAAAACAUGAACUGGUCAAAGAAAAAUUACUUGGUAUCACAAAUUCUAUUGCUUACUAUUUUGUCGAACAUGUGCUGAAAUAUGAUUUUCUAAUACAUGACGUAUAGAACAUAGUACAUUAUAAUAUGCGUGAUAUUAUAUGGCAUAUUGUUUAUUGUGCAGUACGGUAUAUAUGUAUAAUAUAUAUAUGCAAUACAUAUGUAUGCGUUAUAUAUAUAUAUAUAUACCCACAUAAAACGAAAACCUCCAUUGGACGUCCAAUGGACGUCUGUCAUGGAGGUUCAGACCAUCCAGUGGACGUCCUUUAGACAUCCAAUGGACAGCCACUAGAAAUCCAUAGUUCCGCUUUGCGCACGUCCAAUGGACCUCCAUUAGACAUCUUCACAGACGUCCAUGGGACGUCGAUUGGACGUUUUGUGGAUCAUUAAUAGAGGGUUCACGGAGCCUCAGUGGACAACUAACCGACGUUCCGUGGAUCAUUAAUGGACGGUUCAUGGAGCAUCGAUGGACGUCUAUUAGAUGUUCCGUGGAUCAUUAAUGGAAGCUUCAUGGAACCUCGAUGCCACGAAACGUCGAUUAGUCGUCCAUCGAGGCUCUAUGAACCUUCCAUUAAUGGUCCAUGGGACGUACAUUAAUCGUCCACCGA